CGUGCCAUGGGUGGCCGAGCCCCUGAGCCCCUGAGCCCCCUGACCCGCUGGUACAUCUACGCCAUCCACGGCUACUUCUGCGAGGUGAUGUUCACGGCCACCUGGGCCUUCGUGGCCGAGCGGGACUGGAAGUUCCAGGGCGUCACCAGCGUCUGGGCCCUGUUCAUCUACGGCACGUCCAGCCUGGUGCUGGAGCGGAUGUACCUGGUGCUGCGGGGUCGCUGCCCCCUGCUGAGCCGCUGCGUGUGUUACACCCUCUGGAUCUAUCUGUGGGAGUUCGCCACUGGCUACCUCCUGCGCCGGUUCGACGCCUGCCCCUGGGACUACAGCCACUUCCGCUACCACCUCAUGGGGCUGGUGACGCUGGAGUAUGCCCUCUUCUGGUUCCUGGGCUCCCUGGUGCUGGAGAAGCUGAUCAUCGGGAACACCCUGCGGCUGAGGCUGGAGGGGCCCAGCCCCGCGGCCACCCCCGCCGGCCGCUUCGCACCCCGCAAGGACGCCUGA